GUAGGAAGGUAACAGAAACGACGUAUUUCCCCGAGGUCAAUUUGUGUGACUCAGCUGGUUGUCAUCCACAGAUAUAAUGUGAGAGAACUAUUCAAAUCUGUCCAAUAUGUACGUCUAUUUCAAGUUUAAUGGCGAAACGUUCGUUGUUCCAGACGUGAAACUUAAGGAUGGCUACCUACCAAUGGUCGACAAUGUUGGUGGGGACUUACAGUUUAUUGAACCAGGAAUUUGGUUUAAAACUUUGAUCGUUGACUCUGUUUCGGUAGACUGUGAUUUUAAAAUUCUGCAGUGGAUAAAAUCAAAUGAUAGCCUAUGUCCAUUGUCACCAGAUGAACGAGCGUCAAUGUCGCCAAAGAAGCAACUGGAAGUUCUCGGUCUUAAAGACUGUUCAGGGAGUAGUCAAUGCAUGGAGUUCGAUUCAGAAGUAGAUGACCUGUUUGAUACGGCUAGAAACUUUUUUGAAAAUAAGCAAAUUCUACCAGUUGGUGCUUCAGUUUGCCUGACUGUUAAACCAGAAGUUGAAGAUCAUCCGCCAACUAGAUUCAACCAAGAAAUUCUCCGUCUGGUACAUUGCUAUAUUCUACCCUCUAUCAACUUGAAUCUUGAUGAUGCUCAGUCUUUGAAGACAGCUCUCCGGUGUAUUGAAAUUUGUCUGAAAAAUGCUGAAACAGAAAUCCUUCAAAAAGACAAGGCUAUUUCACUAACUGAGAAUUCCUUGCGUAAACAGAGGGAAAGUUUUCUCAAAGAUCCAAAUUUUGAAAGAGAAAGUUACAUCAGGGAAUGCAGUGUGGAUUUCUUAACUUCAUUUCUUGCUCAUUUGGAAAAGGAUAUCCAACAAGAAGCAGAACAAAUGCAAAAAUAUCAAAGUCAGGUUAAUGAACUGAGGGACAAGCAAGGUGACCAUGUGCAAGAACAGCUGGAUAAAGCCCGUAAAGCGAGAGAUAAGAUACACAAAGUACUUACAGCAAUGCAAAUGAUGCGUGAAAAUAUCAAGAAUGUAGUUGUACGUCAACAAGUGCCACCCAGAAAAAGAAGAUCAAGGAAAGUAAGCGUAAAAGUAUUCCAUGAGAUUUACUUGGAGAUUACUGUCAGACUUCGAAGUGAAAAGGAGAACAUCCACAAGUUAAUUCUAAGAAAGGUGAAAAUAGCAUCUGUUAGAGAAGCUAUCUGCUUAGCACAAGAAGAGCUGGCUACUGUAGGGCACUCGAUGGGUUGGCAGUCACUUUAUGAUGGAACCUGCAGUUCAACUGAUGUUGGCAUCUUAAGUACUAAACCAAAGGAAUGGGCAACCAUCGGGGAAAGAGUAUCUUCUAUCAUCAACAGUGGUGACACACAGCAUCGGUAUCGUCAUUUCUGUGAUAACCUCACUCAAAAAAUAGAGGGAUCUAUGGGUGAAGCUAGCUUCUUUGUCCAGUUGUCAGAGAAUGACGUCCAAUAUCCUGAAUGUGAGGGAUUUGUUAACAUUUGUACUGGCACAGAUAGUAUGCCGGACAUAAAUGCAAACAAAGACAAACGGUUGAUCUUCCCGGACUUCCAGUCAUUACCAGUGAUGAAAUAUCAGGUUGAUAAGAAGUUACCUGUGGAAGGCGGAGUUUACCAUCCUAAUACUCUGCCUCUACACUCACUUAUGGACGCCGUCAAGUUUGAAGUAAAAAAGCAUAUGGAGGAAAUGUGUAAACGUAUAAUUUACAUCCUGGGACAGGAAGAUCAGAGGGAAAAUUCUAACACAAGACAAUUUUCCAAGAAAAACAGUAAAGAUACAUACAAAAAUGUUUGGCUUUGCUAUGAAUCUCAUUUGUAUGAGAGAAUUAGUGUGAAGUUGAAUAUGUUGUAUGAAAGCAGAUACAGGAAAAAGUCAAGAAAUCUGGCUGAGAAACUUGUUGGGGUUUCUCUGCAAGAACUUGGAAUUGAUGAUCCUUGGCUAGCCAUUGUGGCUGAACCAGAGGACUGGGAAAACACCCAAUUGAAAGUACCCUUAGAUGACACGGACUCUGUAGAACUGAGGAGCUCUAGAAAUAGCAGAAACAGGAGACAAGACAAAAGAAAGACAUUAUCAAACUCACUCGGGAAUAUGUCCAUAGAAAAACUGUAUCAAUGUGCCGACAGGGAGUUGAAGGAUAUGGAUGGCUUUGAAGAUUUUUCAUUUAGCUUGGCUGAUGAGGAUGACACAGAAAGGGAUAUGUGCAGACAACAAAAAGAGCUUCAAAGAAAUGAGACUGAUAUGAUGGGGCCACCAUCCUAUGAGGACGCUUCAGCCAUGUCAGUAGAUGAAGCAUCAGGCUUCAGUCAUCUCCCAUCAUACGAUGAAGCUUUUGUAAUGCCAGGGGGUCCUGAGACAUCCACAAUGCUGAGGACUAAACCUGAGUCACAGUACAAUCCGUCAGUCAGGAAUGGCCAAGUGCUGCCCACUUGUGGUGGAAUGCAGAGUCUGUCAUCUGAGGAAUCGAUCAGAAGGUUCAGCAGCAACAUUGAUGAGGUGAUCAAGGUGGCACCAAUUAACUUAAAAGUGAAGAACAUCACAAAAGCAUUCAAGUUUGUUGCUACGGAGGUAUCAAAGUUAAAGGUGGCUGCUUCACCCCCUGGUGGGGUAUACCAGCCGUGCGCAGACGACAUGCUCACAGUGAUCAUCGUCAUGCUGACACAGCUGGAAUCAGAAAUGUUCACAAAACUAUUUGCUCAUUUGAACAUGAUACUCGACUUGAUGCCUCCAUUCAUGAAUGGAAGUGAACAUGACUGUGCCCUGAUGAACUUCCACAUUGCCUUCCAGUAUUUGUUUGAUAGACAUGUACUGAAUCAGUCAAGGAGCAGCAGGGAACUAGAUUUGUGAGUUGUCUGUUCCUUGAUUUUACUGUGGAAGAAGUGGAGACAGGGUUUGUGAGUUAUUUGUUUGUGGCAAAGCAGUGCAGGGACAAAGUUUUUCUGUUAUCUCUUGUCUGUUCUUGAUUUUAUUAAUUUGAUGCAGAGAGUAAGAUUUGUGAUUUAUCUUCCCCUUCACAACAUCGUUGUAGAAAGUUAUAAUUGAGAUAUAUCUCCCCCUAAAUGUCUUAACAGGAGAGAGCUGCACUUGUGAUUUGUCCACCCUGAAGGUCAAUGGUGGAUAGAGCUUGUGAGUUUUCACCCCUCAGUGUCAUUGGUGGACAGAGCGGGAUUGUGAGUUAUCUCCCCUUAGUGUCAUCAUGACUUUUCAUGAAAUAAAGAUUUUUUUUUAUUAUUAAAGCUGUAGUGUUAAAAUGGGUUUAUAUUAUGUUACAAAUCAAGCUGAUACUACCAUAGGUUACUUAAGUGGGAAUUAACAUGUUGGUGGUUUGGCAGACCCACAUGUAGAUUGCAAACACUUGAAAUUAAAUUAGUCAAGUGUAACAUCAGUGAAAUAUGUUGUUGCAAAAUUUUAAGCUUCAGCAAACUUUCAUAUUACAGACUAACUUGUAUAUACUCACAUAAUCAUGAUCACUUUACUAGGAUAAACCGAGACAAGCUUACUAGUCCAGUGCUCAGAUUUAAGUGAAAUUCUCCCUGCAUGAUCAUGAUGCACUACAAGUAGAUUGUAAACUACUGUGACAUACCAGGUGUGUCCCAAAGCUUAUCUAACACUCUCUCACUGUUACAUUCAAUCACCACGUACAUUGUAGUUGGUCUACUAGAUAGAUUUGAAGAUGUUUUUCAACCGAAUGGUAUUGUUUAUAUGUUGUGUGUGAAUACAACGUGAACGUUUGGUUUAUACUAUGUUGUGUGUAAAUAUACAUGUUGUAGAAGUAUAUUUAAUUCUGUGUAACCUGUCAUAACCAUACAUAGUCCAGAAACUUUAAUGAUCAAGACUCUAAACUGGGUCCCUGUGUGAUGUAUGAUAUUGUGAUGUGAGUAUGGACUGGUCCUGGUGGGCCAGGUUUGCUGUCUGUAACAGUUAUUAAAUUAUGGUUGGGUGUAUUAUAUUUUUAUUGAGGAGUGAUCUCCACACUAUUUGAAGCUACCAGCUAUUGCGUCAUUGUCAGACGCUGUAAUGUGAGUCUGCAUGCUCUAAUAGGCAUCUGUUCACUUAUACUUGUAUGUAAAUAUACCAGUACAUUAUUUUGUUACUCACCUUGUAUUUAAUAGCCAUAAUUUCACCGAUCACUUUAAUUUAUAUAGAUCAUCAGCUAUGUUAGUUUCUAAAAAAUUCUCAUAUCAAUAUGUUUUUACCUUGUUUCUCUUGACAACAAAAUAUUAAUUGCUUUUCCCCCCCUUAAAGCCUGUUUAUCUUUGCAUGGGUAAAAUAACAUUUGUGCACCCAAUUUAGCGCCACACAUAGGGACAAAUAACAUGGUCUGAUAGGUGCAACAGUUGGUAGUCAGCUUACAACCCAGCCAAUAUAAUUACUAUAAUUUGAAUACCUCCAGCUGCAAAAGUAUUAUCAGUCCUGUAAUUAGGCAACAGAUGUAUCCUGUUGUUAGGAAGUAUUGUAUAGAAUGUGGGUCUCGAGAACAGAUUGUCUCUUACUUACUUACUAUUUAUAAAUAUCCCACAGCAGCAGGAAACAUCCAUAUACAGGUGUAACAGGAGAGGAAAAAUGUACGGCCAGACCGGGGUUCGAACUCAGGACCCUCCAAACUCUAGACAGAUGCUCUACCAAUUGAGCUAUCUGGGCGCCAACAAUCGACCCAGUUCAGUUCUGCUACACAUGGUAUACUUUUAUAAAAGGUUAAUUUAAGGUAAAUUGAUUCAUCCCUUUCGUCAAAGCCCUGAAGUGUGAGACUUCAGAAAACUGUAUACACCUGUAUAUGUAAAAUAACUGUUUAAUAUCUGUUUGUAUACAUAACUUUUAAAUGUAAAUAAAUUUAAGACACCUAUUUAUAACGAAAAAGUUGUAUCAGCCAAUCGUGUAUGAUAGAAGUGAUGAGGAUCCUGACUGCCACACAAACAUUUCAUUAACAGUCCUACGAUGGACUAGAAAGGUACUUGUACAAUUGGUUGUACUUGUAAAGAUUUUGUUGAUAACGACGAUAUUUCACAAUGCCAUCUUUGUCUUUCAGUAUGUUUUUUAACGUAGAUAAUUUUUAAUGGAUUAUGAUUGCAUGUGUAUAUUGGCAGUCGUAAUCUGUUUGUUGUGUCAAAUUUAUGAUGUUGUGUAUUAAAUAAAUAUGUUACUGAUCUAUGGUGUCUAGCACUAAGUGGGGCCAUUGUAUUUUAUACCACUCUGUUUUAUACCAUUGUAAUUUCCAUUGUGGUACAGGUACCUUAUUUGCUGUAUCAGGGGCCUCAGGUGCUUAACUCAAUCUUCCCUGAAAUUUCAUAUUGAACUAUUCCAACCUUUGAAUUGUAGGAGUUCAAAUGUGUCUUCAGGGGUGAAUGAGUUAAUAGAGGCCUUUUUAAAGGCACUAGAAACCGAAAUAAGGAUAUUCUUUUUUUCUGCUGAUUUUUGUCAAUAAUGUUACUUUGUAAGGCCAAAAAAAAAAUAUAGUCUGUUUAGGGUUGCAU